UCUAUAUUGUGUUACUGCGCUACAGUUGAUGAGAUAUAUCUUCAUACGAAUGCAUUGUGCAUGGUGUCCUACUAAGGAGUGUCACGUCAUACUGCCCACAUUCGCUCGCUAUUGAGCUGCUGUAAUAUCAGUCCUACUAUUUUCUUGACUAUUAUAGAAUAGAGAUAGGCUGACAGUGACUCUGCGGCUGACAUAGCCAUGUCAUUCAAAUCAAAGGACCUCGCAUAUGAGGCGAAGCAGCCCGCCUUCUUACAGAGACUGAAGAACCAAUACGGAGAUACCUCUGGUCGCCUCGAAAGACCCAUUGCACGGCCGCGGAAACCGAGGGAAGACAAUGACGACGAUGGCCCUACCUACGUUGAUGAAGAGAGCAACGAGAUCAUCUCCAAGGAGGAAUAUGAAGCCUUAGUACGUGGGGAGGAUAACAAGGAUACCGAGAACUCCAAUAAAGAUACACAAGAGCCUGCGACGGGCGAAGAAGGUAAAGCGAAUACUCAGGCCGAGGCACCUGUCUCCAAACAGAACGUGGCCGAAAUAGGAGGCCCACGGAAAAGGAAACAGGCCAAAGUAGUGGGAGAAGACACUCCUAGCGAAGAGACCGAGAAGGUACAGAAGAAAGAUCCAGGCACUCGGAAACCAAAGCAAAAGAAGAAGAUCAAGCUAUCCUUCGAUGAAGAUGACUCAUAAUGACAGGAUUUUGAGUCACUAUAUACUGCAAUAAUGAUACCCUAUCAUGGCCGAACAAGAGAUUUUGUAUCGCUUGUUCAGCUUCUUUUUUUUCUCCAAAUUUUGGUAGAUACAUACUUAGUUAGGAUGAUACCAUAGAAUGAUGACGAU